AUGAGUAACACCGCCGCCUCCACACGGCCACUCCGAUGGCUGGCUCCGUGUUUCACCGUCCUCCUCCUCGCCACCCACUCCGCAGCACACGAAGACAUCGUGACAGACGUCACUGAUGGUGUGAAGUACGGCUACUCCAAACUCUACAACCUCACCGGCCAGUUCGUACACCCACUGAACGAUGGAGUCAGUGCCAAAAAGCAAAUCUUCAUUCUAGCAGGACAGAGCAACAUGGCAGGUCGAGGCUUAAUUAUCGACGGCGUGGUUCCAGUGGAUAACACUCCCGACCCCUCCAAAGUCUUCCGACUAAAUGCCCAACUCAAUUGGGAGGUGGCACGUGAUCCUCUUCACAUAGACAUCGACCUCGGCAAACCAUGUGGGGUGGGGCCAGGGAUGUCGUUCGCAAACACCGUAAAGGAUCGAUUGGGAGUCAUCGGUCUAGUGCCAUGUGCGAAGGGUGGCACCUCGAUCAAACAAUGGGAGAAAGGAGGUGAAUUGUACGAGAAAAUGAUCAAGAGGGCUAAAGCCGCGUUGGAAGUUGGUAACGGUGGUGAAAUAAAGGCACUUUUGUGGUAUCAAGGAGAAAGUGAUACACAUGAUUUGAAGGAAGCGAAAAAAUAUCAAGUUCGUCUCGGGAAGCUUAUUGAAAACGUGCGUGCCGAUCUUAAUAUGCCUUCUCUUCCAGUUCUUGAGGUUAUAAUUGAAUCAUCAGAUGGUCCAUUCAAAGAAGAAAUUAUUAAACAGCAAAAGGCGUUAACGAUGCCUAAUGUUGUAAAGGUGGAUUCAGAUGGAUUGGGGCUUAACAAAGAUAAAAUUCAUUUGAAUACGGAGGCUGAGGUUCAAAUGGGGAAAAGAUUCAUGGAUCUCAGCUCUUCUGAAUGCAAAAGCCACUCCAUCCACCUGUUAGGACUUCUUCUGAUUUUUUUUUGUUGCAUAGCUACAAGUAACUUAUCCUCAAGUUAUUAUGCCGUAAUCAAUCCAGCUAUUGCAUCUGCUGAUUUCAUCUCACUUCACAUGCCACUGACUCCAGCUACAUCUAAAGUUUUCAAUGAUGAAACUUUUGCAAAGAUGAAAAAAGGAGUUAGGAUCAUCAAUGUCGCACGUGGGGGAGUGAUUGAUGAAGAAGCCUUGGUGAAGGCACUUGAUGCAGGAAUUGUAGCCCAUGUUCUUGCUUUUGGGGAGCUUGCCGCUCCUGCUGUUAAUUCACCAAUGGUUCCUGCUGAGGCAGGGUCUUUUGAAGUUGAUGAUAGCAUAGAAGGUAGUAUCAUCCUCUGCAGACAGGUUGAUCAGCCCGGAAUGAUUGGAAAAGUAGGAAGCAUUUUCGGUGAGGAGAAUGUGAAAGUUAGUUCCAUGAGUGUCGGAAGGAUUGCUCCAAGGAAGCAAGCUGUAAUGGCUAUUGGAAUCGACGAAGAACCAAAGCAGCAGUCACUAAAGAGAAUAAGGGGAAAUUCCCGCGGUUGA